UCAAAACAUACGGUAGUCCGUAGUUGCUGGUAGUUGCAGAUCAAAACAUAGUCAGAAAUCAACAUUUUGUGAUUUAGCGCUAAUGAAAAAUAUAUUAUCAAAUAUCAACUAUGUUGCAUAAACUAUUGUAAUUGGGUAGAGCAAUUGUAAUAUUGUGCGCGCUAGAAUUUUAAAACAAUGUCGAAUUUGUCGAAUGGAAAGCCGCUUAUUUGCUGUGGUUGCUUGAGUGCUGGUCGUAAUUUGCAACAAUUAACACAUAAUGCAGACUUAUUUUUAACAUUAUUAAAUAAUGGAACUUAUCUCGAUAGUACCAGUAUUAAGGAUAUAUUAUUAUGUUGGGAAUGUGUGGCACUAUUACAAAGAACAAAAUGUUUUCAAAAACGAAUACAAAAAGCUCAAAAAUACCUAGAAAGUCAUUGCUUUGAUAUAGAGAACCUACCAACCGGCAGGGAUUCCUUAUCAUGCCUAAAUAUAGUAAAUAACUAUGAAAUAGUCAGUACACACUGUAAGAAGGAAGAAGAAAAAAGUAUUAAAGUAGAGGCCGACAUAGAAAAAGAAGUAAAAAUAUGUCUAGAAGUAGACACUAAAAUUAAAGAAGAAACAUUAGAGUUCUUGGAUGACUCUAUAGACAAUUUUAAUAACACAGACUUGUAUAAUGAUUACAAUGAUGUAAUUGAAAGCACUUACGACAUAAAAGAGGAAUCGAAUGAUCCAGAAUAUAAACCCAAAAUUAAAAUAAAGAAAAAGAAAUCUGGGAGACUUAAAACAGAAAAAACAUUGCUAGAUAUAAAUAACAUUGAAUUCUAUAUCCAUAAAUUAAUUUGUACACAAAAUAAUGUGCAGGCACUUAAAAAGGAGAAUAAGAAAAGCUAUAAAAUAGCACAUUAUAAAGCAAAUUUGCAUUGUGCAAAAAUCAAUUCUAUGAAAUCAAAAGACAUAGCAAAAUUAGCUGAGAGUGGAACGUCGUGUCCCUGCAGUUAUUGUGACGUUGAAAUCACGCUGGACAGAGUCAGUAGUCACUAUGAGGAACAUACGCCAGAAUUAUAUCAGUGCAGAGUGUGUUUGCUGUUGUGGGACACUUCCGACAAAGCAAGUAACCACAUACUAGAUCGCCACAAAUUUGUAUACACUUGUCCGGAGUGCAGUCAGUGUUUUCACAUACUUAAGAAUUGGAGGAAACAUGUAAAGUGCCAUAAGUACAUUUGCGACCACUGCAAAAAAGAAUUUAAUAACAGGAAGAGAAUCACUCAUCAUAUGAGGUUGAUGCACCUCCCCGCCGAGUGCGGGAUCUGCGGCGGCGCGUACGACAGCGGGUUAAAGCUGCACAACCACCUCCGGCGGGUGCACGUCCCGCACACGGCCGUCGGCGAACUGUGCUACUGCGUGGAGUGCGAUAAAUACUACCCACAUCCAACGGCGUAUCAGAAACACCUGAAAGAUUCUGUUGCUCACGCGCCGCGAAGGGUUUACCGGAUCCCGUGUCCUGAGUGCGGGCGAGUGUUCACCAAGAAGAUCUACAUGACCAACCACUACAAGCUGUUCCACCUCAAGCAGACCCAACACUACUGUAAUAUAUGCGAUAAGUACUACAGCAACGCAUUUGGGCUACGCACGCAUACGCGGUACGUGCACAUGAAGGAGGAGAAACCGCGCAACAAGAUCUGCGAUAUCUGCGGCAGAGCCUUCCAUAAUCAGAAGAUCCUGACGAACCACAUUCGUACGCACACGGGCGAGCGGCCGUACAAGUGUCCGCACUGCCCCGCCGCGUUCGCCCAGCGCACCGCCAUGAUGUCGCACAUACGCACGCAACACAAAUACCUCAAAUAGUUGUCUAUGGUAGACCAACUUGCGGCUUGGCAGGUCAUAUAA